UCAAAACUCCCAGUUUCGGAAAGUCCCUGGUACAACGAGCAAAUGAGAUUGAGAUGUUGCGUAUAUGACGUCUCUUAAAAAGGAGGUCCCAGUGGCAGGAAUAGAAACGGGCGAUUGGCGUAGCAGUUGUAGUUAAUACCUUCGAGGCGUUCCCGUGUUUGUUUUAGCCUGCAUUGUGUUGCUUUUAUAGAGGAGGUGCGGACGGGGUUUGUGUUGGUAAAAUCAUUAAGCAACAUAGUGGGAGACGGCCUUGAAAAGCAUAAAGUUUGAAUUUCUGAGAACAUUUUAAACAAAGGGCAGCGUCUUGAUCGACACCGAGCAGCUCGACCUAACACAUCUAACUCAAAUUUGCGUCGUGGUCUUGACGUUGUUUACGAAACGUAGCGCAUUAAGUUUUCAGGUUUCAGUUUACAGAUGUUAAAAUCCACGCAAAAUGGUAGAUCGGCGAAAGUAGCACUCGUUUGCUUUUUAAUCUUGUUUCUCUUUGCGCGGAGUCGUUGGCGUGUUCUCGGAUUUUUUGUUUACAAUAAGGAAGUGAAUCUUCCUGCUCCGCCAUUUUCGUUUACUCUGUAUCCUGCGCCAUCUCUUUAAAGGGGACUUUUUGGCAAGAGAAAAAACAUUUUUUUCGAAAAGAAAAGAUUUUCGGAAUCGGAAGAUAAACAAAGGCCGAGGCUCCAGGUACAGCUUUACUUGACUUGUUUAGCAAGCGAGCAGGUUGGACUCAACAAAGAGUGAGGAAACGGCCGUGCGGAGCAAGUAUAUGGGCUCAUUCACAAGGAGUCGGAGCUGUUUUGAAAGGAAAGUUUUUUUUGCCGCUCCAGGUAGCCGAUGUAUCCUCCUUCGUGCGACUUUCAGAUCAUGCUCGGGGAAACUCUCAGCCACCACAUCGAGUCUAAACUCGAUAACAUCGAGAACAGCAAGCCCACCCCCGUCGGGUCGAACCUGAACAAAAGGCAGGCGCUGCUGAAGAAAGGGGGGAGGCGAGUGCGCUCAGCCUCCACGGGCUUGCAGAACCGACACCAUUACCACCUCCUUCACCACCACCACCACCACCAGCAGCAGCAGCAGGGCCAGAAACACCCGGCUCUGCUCCGAAAUGGCACCACACGCUUCACAGACAUCAACAACAACAGCAGCAGCAGCAGCCCCGGGGCUGGCAUCAAAAAGACUGAGGCUGUCGCCAACCGAGCGCAGGCUGCUACUGCAAUUACACUCCACCACCUCAAGCAAGGGGCCAAAAAGGAGGUAUUGAAGUCAAAAACAGGAAGACCCGACAGAGCCCCCUUUACCAGCGGCCACUCUGUGUACAACCUGAACAAAUGUGAGCAGCCAGCCCAGCCUCUGAAUGGCAGCAGCCAGAGGGCCAGGCCCAGCAUGCUCGGCGAGGUCUCCCCAGCGAAGGGGCAGGAGAACGGCCCCCGCCUCAGGUCUCCUCCUCUGGAGCUGUGCGGCGGCGAGGGGAAGAAACCGCUACACUCGGGUGACGUUUUCCACAAGCUGGCCGCAGUCCGCGCGGCCGAGCCCGGCCCCGAAGAGCCCCUCAGGGAUGGCGAGAAGAACUACGCCGGCGCCAAGUUCAGCGAGCCGCCCUCCCCCAGCGUGCUCCCCAAGCCCCCGAGCCAUUGGGUGGGGGAGAGGGGCCCCCGGGCCAGCGGCCCCAGCCGGGAGCUCAUGACCGUUCACCUGAAGACUCUGCUGAAGGUCCAGGCGGAGCCGUGACUGGGGAUUCGGAAGCAGAAGAAAAAAAAAAAAACGUCGUACCCCUCUGGGAAUCGGCACUGAAAACACGACUCGGAGGAGCACUGGAAUAGGAAAUCGUUGCAACAGGAAGUCCCGAAGUUUUGGGCUGUUUUAGAUUUUAUACUUGUGCAGAACAGCGGCCUUGUACAGUUUAAGGAACUUGUGUAAAUGUAAAUACUGUAAUAUUUGUGUAUAUUUUUUCAUGUUAUUUUAACCAAAGUAAAAUAUAGUUUUGU